CAGAUGUCAAUCCCUCAAGAUGAUUACGAUGAAAUUUUGAGGGAAUGGCAAUUAAAAAUUAUCUCACCAAGGGCAACCUUAAAUGAGAUUAUUUUAAAUCCUGAACUGAUUAGACUGGUGCCAAGAUACGUGUAAAACUUUGCGGAUUGAAGACAUUAAGCAAUCAAGAAAAUAGUUAAAACAUAUUUAUAUCCAAAGUAGAUGGCUGAGAUUAGUGAGAAGUUAGCUGAAGUUUCACUCGAUGAAGUAACUCCCAAUCGUGAUGGAAUUGAUGCGGCUGAGAUGCAAAAUAAGCAGUUAUCUGUAGAGAGGGAUGAUUCAUCAAUUAUUGUUGAUAAAAUCGAUCACAAGCUACUUCGGAAUAUAUGUAUCCUCGCACAUGUAGAUCAUGGAAAGACCACUCUUGCAGACCAUUUAAUAGCUAAUUACGGUGGGGGUGUGCUACAUCCGAAGCAAGCUGGUAAACUUAGAUUCAUGGAUUACUUGGAUGAAGAACAGAGGCGCGCCAUCACUAUGAAGAGCUCGUCCAUUGCACUUCAAUAUAAGGACUAUUUCGUAAAUUUGAUAGAUUCACCAGGCCACAUGGAUUUCUGCAGUGAGGUAUCUACUGCCGCGCGGUUGAGCGAUGGUGCUCUAGUGUUAGUAGAUGCUGUGGAGGGUGUUCAUAUUCAAACACACGCUGUAUUGCGUCAAGCAUGGAUUGAGAAGCUGACACCCUGUUUAGUUCUUAAUAAGAUCGAUCGCUUGAUAUCUGAGUUGAGAUUGAGUCCCAUGGAAGCUUAUAAUAGGUUAUUAAGGAUUAUCCAUGAGGUUAAUGGGAUAGUUAGUGCUUAUAGGUCGGAAAAGUACUUAUCCGAUGUGGAUUCAAUGCUUUCAGUUGCUCAAUCUGGUGAUGCAGGUGAGGAAAAUUACGAGUUAUUAGAAGAUGACGAGGAGGACACUUUUCAACCUCAGAAAGGAAAUGUCGUCUUUGCUUGUGCCUUAGAUGGAUGGGGAUUUGGGAUUAGUGAUUUUGCCGAAAUGUAUGUUUCUAAGCUUGGGGCGAGCUCAGCAGCUUUACAGAGGGCAUUGUGGGGCCCUCGGUACUACAUUGCCAAGACUAAGAUGAUUGUGGGCAAGAAAGCAAUAGGCAAUACAUCAAAAGCUAGGCCUAUGUUUGUGCAACUUAUUCUCGAGCCAAUUUGGAGUGUUUAUCAGGCUACUCUGGAAGGGGAUAGGGGAUUGCUUGAGAAGGUGAUUAAAUCUUUUAAUUUAUCUGUACCUCCGCGCGAACUUCAAAAUAAGGACCCGAAAGCUGUGCUUCAAUCUGUCAUGAGCCGUUGGCUUCCGUUGUCCGAUACAAUGUUGUCUAUGGUAGUGAAAUGCAUUCCUGAUCCUGCUACAGCCCAGUCUUUACGAAUAGCGAGAUUGCUGCCUAAAAGAGAGACUUUUGAGAAUGGGGAAAUGUCCGAUGUGCUCGCCGAAGCAGAACUCGUGAGGAAAUCGAUCGAGGCUUGUGAUUCGAGUACCCUUGCACCAUGUGUUGCAUUUGUGUCUAAGAUGUUUGCUGUCCCCACAAAGAUGCUUCCUCGUGGAGAGAUUCUGAACAAUCCGACAGAUGAUGGUGAUUCGGGAGAGUGCUUUCUUGCAUUUGCUAGGAUCUUUAGUGGGGUCCUCUUUGCUGGGCAGCGAGUUUUUGUGCUUUCUGCUUUAUACGAUCCGGUGAAGGUGGAAUCGAAUCAGAAGCAUGUGCAAGCAGCCAAUUUGCAGUCGUUGUAUCUAAUGAUGGGUCAAGGGCUGAAGCCAGUCCCAUACGCAAAGGCGGGGAAUAUUGUUGCCAUACGAGGGCUUGGUCAGCAUAUAUUAAAGAGUGCUACUCUUUCAUCUACAUUAAAUUCGUGGCCUUUCUCCAGCAUGGUUUUCCAAGUUGCACCGACACUAAAAGUUGCGAUUGAACCAUCCGAUCCAGCCGAUAUGGGAGCGCUCAUGAAAGGGUUGAGGCUCUUGAACCGUGCGGACCCUUUUGUUGAGGUCACUGUUUCUGCUAGAGGGGAGCAUGUACUUGCGGCUGCGGGAGAAGUACAUCUCGAGAGAUGUGUAAAGGAUUUGAAGGAGAGAUUCGCAAAGGUGGCUUUGGAAGUCUCUCCUCCACUCGUCUCUUACAAGGAGACGAUCGAAGGUGACAUCACCACCAAUCCUCUGGAGAAUCUGAAACUGUUUUUUGGUGGAAACUCCGAGUAUGUGGAGAAGACAACUCAAAAUGGUAGGUGUGUUGUACGUGUGCAUGUUUUCAAACUUCCAACACCUCUUACUAAGCUGCUCGAUGAAAGCUCUGAAUUGCUGGGAGAUAUAAUAGGAGGCAAAUCUGGACAGGCUUUGAAGAGCUUGGAAACAUCGAGGGGUAGCAUUGUAGAAGAUGAGAAUCCGAUCGAAGCACUCAAGAAACGGAUGAUGGAUGCUAUAGAGAGUGAGUUUUCCUCCAGCAAUACAGAGUCGGAGAAAUUGAGAACAUUCUGGAAAGAUCUAUUCAAACGGAUUUGGGCGUUGGGACCUAGACAAGUUGGUCCGAACAUUCUCUUCACUCCAGACAGUGGAAAGAGCGUCGAAGCCUCUGUCCUAAUUAAGGGCUCUCCUUACGUUUCCGAUAAAUUAGUUUUUUGCAACAUAGACAACAACAACAAUAAUGGAUUGAAUGAGUCAUCAGACGAAACUUUGUUGAGAGAAGAAGCAGAGAGUUUAGAGAGCAGCGUCUUGUCUGGAUUUCAGGUCGCCACUUCAGCCGGUCCUUUGUGCGAUGAGCCUAUGUGGGGCCUAGCCUUUAUUGUCGAGGCUUUCGUAUCUCCUCCACCCACGGAGGAUAAUUCCUCCACCGCCACCGCCACUCACCACCACCACCACCCGGAACAGUAUGGUGUUUUCACAGGACAAGUGAUGACAGCUGUCAAGGAGGCGUGUAGGACAGCUGUGCUGCAACGGAAACCUAGGCUAGUCGAAGCGAUGUAUUUCUGCGAACUGAAUACACCGACGGAGUAUUUGGGGUCAAUGUACGCAGUGCUUGCUCGAAGAAGAGCUAGGGUUUUGAAGGAAGAAAUGCAAGAAGGUUCGCCUCUGUUUACGGUGCAUGCUUAUGUACCAGUUGCAGAGAGUUUUGGAUUUCCGGACGAAUUGAGGAGAUGGACGUCUGGAGCAGCGAGUGCUUUGCUUGUAUUGAGCCAUUGGGAGACGCUUUUGGAGGACCCGUUUUUUGUGCCGAGGACUGAAGAAGAGAUUGAGGAACAUGGGGAUGGAUCCAGUAUGCUGCAGAACACCUCAAGGAAGCUUAUUGAUGCUGUGAGGAGGAGGAAGGGUUUGCCUGUGGAGGAGAAGGUGGUACAGCAUGCAACUAAACAGAGGACGCUGGCCCGUAAAGUUUAAGAGUUGAUAAACGGUUUUUUUGGAUUAUGGUAUCGGCUUCAUAUGGUUAAUUUUUUUGUGUGCGGUGAUUUAGGUACGUAAUCGGAGGUGAAGCUCCUGAGGUGAUUAUAGUGUACUUUGUAAGGCGUACUGCUAUUUUAGUCAAUUUUGCAGGUGAUUCGUAUUGUACCAACUUACACAGAUAUAUGAUUAUUGGAACUACACUAAUUUUACUUGAAACCCCCAUUCAGUUACUUUUGAAAGAUGA